AUUUCCAAAAAAUCAGCUCCCACUUAGUUAUAUUCCCAAUUCUCCAAAAAUUCCAUCCAUGGCAGUAGAAACGGCGACACUACACCACAUGGCGUUGACGACUGCAGCAGCCCCAAAACCCAAAUUCAUCUGCUUCUCUUUAGCCGCCUAUGCCAAGAAAUUCAUCGCCUACCUCAGGUCUCUCGAUAUUCCGAUCCUACCGGGCCUCACCGACCAAGAAUUCGCCUCCAUUGAAUCCACUUUCCACUUCAUUUUCCCUCCCGACCUCCGCUCCAUCCUCCAGGAAGGCCUCCCCACUGGCCCCUCCUUUCCCAACUGGCGUUCUUCGUCUCUCCAGCAGCUCCAGAUUAUUCUUAACCUACCCUUUUUGUCCCUCUCCAAGAACUUCUCUCUCCGGGAAUUCUGGUCCGAUUCGUGGGGUCCAAAACCGGGGAGCACUAUGGAUGCUUUGUCUUUGGUCAAACAAUUGUCUCAAAAGGCACCUGUUCUCGUCCCCAUUUGCAGAAAUUGCUAUAUCCCUUCCUCGCCGAAUUUGGCGGGAAACCCAGUUUUUUAUAUAGACGGUGAGGAUGUUAGGAUCUUGAGUUAUGAUGUUACGAGCUUUUUUCAAGAGGUAGAGUUCAUACAAGUCGGCUGCGUUUUGAAGCCGUUUUUGAGGAAAAACUGUAACGUGAAUCGGCCGGCAUGGGCAGCAACCACCGCGAGAAGGAUUGAGUUCUGGACAGAGGUGGUGGAGCGGAGGAGGAGGGCGGGAAGUUGGUGGAUGGAUGGCGGGCACUUCAAAUUAGGGUGUUGUUUGGAGGCGGCGUUUUGGAGAUUGAAGAACGGAGGGUGGACGGAGGAGGAGGUUAGGGAGAUGAUGAUGAUGGACGGCGGUGAUGAUCCAAAAUUCGGGGCCGACUCGGUCCGCGACGAACGGGGGGUGUUGUGGCACGUAAGGGUUUUGCCUCUGGUGUUAUUGCGUGCUGGAUGGACCAGGGAAGACGUGGCGUACUCGCUCGACCUUCAAGAUGAUGAUAAGAAUAAUAGAGACAUUGUGCUGUGAAUCAUCGCACAAGGCUGUUGCAUCGAUUAUGAUCAUGAUAUGAUCUUUGGUUGAUGCAUGGGCAGUAUUUUAAUGUGUAAAACAACUUCACAUAUAAUAAUUUUCUCCUUUCUAGUUCGAGAAUUGACAAUUGAGACACCUAACUCUAGAACAAUGUUUUGAGCUGAUUAAAUGCUUAUGUAUUAAUUAAGACUUGAAUUCAUU